AUGGAGACAGAAAACGAAAUAAGAGAAAACGAUGGCACGGACGGGAAGGGACCUUCACCGAAUAACCCGAAGCUGACACAAAAAACGGUCAGGACCAAAGUGCCGGAGGUGGAGAUCCAUCUUUACAGACAAGGCAAGGGUCCGAUUGACGUGUUCAAGUCGAGCCUGGGAGGGUGGGAUCAGGACCAACUGGAGGUCCGACAAAUCCUCGAGAAAUAUGAGUUCAAGGCGGUCUUCGCUUUCAAUCCCGCGUCGGGUCGGGGUGUCCCGAUCCGUUUUGGGAGGAAUGGUAGGUCUAUGCUUGGGUAUAGAGAUGGAUCGGUCAUUCACGUUGAUGGAGAACCAAAGGACUCCUUGAUCAAUCCAGUUACCAAGAUCUUAGUUGGGGUAGCAGUGAUCACUCUUUUGAUAGCAAUGGCUCUGAAGGAACCUCCAGAAUGGAUAAAAAAAUCAAACCCUUUUGGUGGAAGCUUCCCUCCAUGGGUCCUUGCUUGUGCUGUUAUUGUUUUUACUCGCAUGAGGAGGAGAACGAGGGACUUUUUGAAAAAGCGCGGCUGGUAA